UCAAACUCCAUAUUUUUCUUCGUCUCUGAUAUUCUCUUCAGUUCACCCUUUCUCUUCGCCUGAGGGCCCAGGAACCAGCCAUGGCUAGACAACAGUUGGGAGUGCUGAAUGCACUCGAUGUGGCCAAGACACAAUGGUACCAUUUCACUGCAAUUGUGAUCGCUGGAAUGGGAUUCUUCACUGAUGCAUAUGAUCUUUUUUGCAUCUCCCUGGUAACCAAAUUGCUCGGCCGUAUAUAUUACUAUGUUCCAGGCCAAACAAAACCUGGCACACUCCCUAUCAAUGUUGCAGCUGCAGUCAAUGGUGUCGCAUUUUGUGGAACUCUGUCUGGUCAGCUCUUCUUUGGAUGGCUAGGUGACAAGAUGGGAAGAAAAAAGGUCUAUGGGAUAACUUUGAUGCUCAUGGUUGUCAGUUCUAUUGCCUCGGGAUUGUCUUUUGGAAGCCACCCAAAGGGUGUUUUGGCAACUCUUUGUUUCUUCAGAUUCUGGCUUGGUUUUGGCAUUGGUGGUGACUAUCCACUUUCAGCUACUAUCAUGUCUGAAUAUGCAAACAAAAAGACUCGCGGCGCAUUUAUUGCUGCAGUGUUUGCAAUGCAAGGAGUUGGAAUUUUGGCUGGUGGGAUUGUGGCUAUAAUUGUGUCAAGUGCAUUUAAUCAUGCAUUCCCAGCACCACCUUACGACCAAGGUGAAAUAGCCUCAACUGUGCCACAAGCAGACUAUGUCUGGCGCAUAAUUCUGAUGUUUGGUUCUGUUCCUGCUGCACUUACUUACUACUGGCGAUUGAAGAUGCCAGAAACUGCCCGGUAUACUGCCCUGGUGGCGAGGAACGCAAAACAGGCUGCUGCAGACAUGUCAAAGGUUUUGAAUGUAGAUCUUGAAGCAGAGGAGGAUAAGGUAGUGAGGAUGUCUGAAAGCCAGACAAAUUCCUAUGGCUUGUUCUCCAAAGAAUUUAUGCGGCGGCAUGGAAUUCAUUUAAUUGGAACCACCACCACUUGGUUCUUCUUGGACAUUGCCUUCUACAGUUCAAAUUUGUUCCAAAAGGACAUUUUCACUGCAAUUGGAUGGCUUCCUGCUGCAAGAAGUAUGAAUGCUAUUUAUGAGGUCUACAAAAUUGCAAGGGCACAAACUCUCAUAGCACUAUGCAGCACUGUUCCGGGCUAUUGGUUCACAGUUGCUUUUAUUGAUAUCAUAGGGAGGUUUACCAUUCAAAUAGGCGGAUUCUUCUUCAUGACAGUCUUCAUGUUUGCUCUGGCCAUCCCAUAUAAUCACUGGAAGACUGAUAACCAUAUCGGAUUCGUUAUCAUGUACUCACUCACCUUCUUCUUCUCCAAUUUUGGACCUAAUGCCACAACAUUCAUUGUCCCAGCAGAGAUCUUCCCUGCUAGGCUAAGGUCAACAUGCCACGGGAUAUCAGCUGCAGCUGGAAAGGCUGGUGCUAUAGUUGGUGCAUUUGGUUUCUUAUAUGCUUCUCAAGACAAGGAUGUAGCACAGAGAGAUAGUCCAAGCUAUCCAGCUGGCAUCGGAAUGAAAAACACUCUCAUUGCUCUUGCCUGUGUCAACGCUGCCGGAUUGUUGUUUACUUUCUUGGUGCCUGAACCAAAGGGAAAAUCGCUUGAAGAACUAUCAGGCGAGAAUGAGGCUGAAAAUGGUGAGACAGAAAUGCAAGGCGCGUCUUCAAGGACAAUUCCUCUGUCAAUUUAGAUUCAGCACAAGCUAAUUAUAGCUGAAGUUUACUGUCAAACUUAUGUAUGUGUAUCCACAGUACUGGUUUUAUUUUCUUGUUCUUAGCUUCUCGUCUUGAUUUUCCUAAUUCCUGUUUGUGGGAUGCCAGUAUUGUUCCUUAUAGUACAAAUGUGGUGUGGGAUACCAGUAUUGUUUCUUAUGGUACAAAUGUGGUGUAAAAUGGGACUCACCGUCAGGGGCAUAUGGUGGGAGUGGGACAGAAUUUAAAUAAUACAAACAGUUGGGAUGA